AUGGAUGUUGUGAAGUCUUACUCCGAAAUCUUUAAGCAAGGGAUCUGCUUUGAUCUGGACAAAUUAUUUGAUUGCUGCCUUCGAAGUGAAGAUGGACUUGAAUUUGGUGCACAUCGUGUCAUCCUAGCUAGCCGCUGUGAUUAUUUUCGAGGUAUCUUUAGUGGCAACUUUGGAACAGAAACCAAAGUCAAUCUUUCAGGAAUUAGCGGAAGCAUUUUGUGCGAAAUUCUUCGCUUUCUAUAUACUGGAAGCCUCACCUUGAAUGAAGACAACAUUAUUGAUAUCAUCGUAAGUGCAGAUUACUUUUUAAUUGACAAAUUACUGAAUAAAUGCCGAAUCUAUGCUCUCAAACAUAUAAAUGUUAACAACUGUCUGAUGUAUUUCGAGGUAGCUUGGUUUGUAGAAAGAUUUUCGUUUUUGACUGAAUGCUUCAGAUUCAUUCAGACUCAUUUCGAAUCUGUGGUCAGUAGUCACGAUUCUAAUUUCGCAGAUCUCCCUAUAAGCUUCGUGAAGAAAUUUCUAAAUCUAAAUGGAGUCACAGAAGAUGUCAUAUGGAUGGCUGCUGUGACAUGGCUGAAGAAAGAUCCAGUUGGGAGACAACAAGUAUUACCCGAACUUCUGGCAUGCCUUUGUUUGCAGAACUUAGAUGAACCCUUGGCAACUGAAAUACUCGAAAACCCUUUACUUAAAGAAUACUUAUUAAACAGCAUAUGCUGCAAGAAUUAUGAGACAAAUCUCUCCACGGAAUUUCCAAACAAGGCUAAAAAUAAUUAUAAUUCUGAAAAACUGAAAAGCUUAGUAGUAAAAUCAAAAAUUAUAUAUGGCUUUGAUCUGCAAACCUCUCAGACUCGUUUACCUAAGAACUUGUUUCUUCUCUUUUCGGAAUCACAAUUCUCAUUCCAGAAGAAAUUCUACAUAACAUUUGAUGAACUGCAUGAUAUAUGGCAAGAAAUUGAUGAAACUCCUAUAUGGCCGCAAGCUCUUGUUCCCAUUGGCAGUAGAGUUUAUAUGUUUGAUAAAUUUGAAAAUAAAAUUCUAGCUUUAAAUCUGGAGGACAAAUCCUGGACACAGCUGAACCCCAUGAAUAUACCACGUAACGAAUACAGUGUUGUGGAUAUAGGAUUGAGCAUCUAUGUACUGGGAGGAACUACCUUCUCUUCGCACGUACAUACAUCUUUGGUAGAAAAAUAUAAUUAUCUAACCGGACUUUGGGAAGUUGUCAGUUCCAUGAAUCACAUGAAUUGUGGAUUUGCCAUUGGAGCUGAAAAUGCAAUUUAUGCUGUUGGUGUUAUGCAAAACGAUAGAGGCUUUGAAAUGAUUGCACAGGUUUACGACCCACAGCAGGAUACCUGGUCAUUGAUAAAUGCGCCUAAUAUAUACCGAAAUAAUUUCGCUCUUGUUUCUCUUCGGGGUAAAAUAUACAUCCUGGGUGGAACUAAUAAUGGCGAAUAUUUGAGAUCCGUAGAAGAAUACGAUAUUGAAGGGGACACUUGGAAGCCUUUCGCGGACUUACCUUUGCCUUAUUACUCUCCGAAAGCUACAAUCUUCAAAGAUAUGAUAUUAGUUUAUGAUGCUGUUUCGAAAGGGAAUUAUUCACCUUACCCCCCUUCUUAUUGGGAUAAAAAAUCAAAAAAUUGGCAAUUAUGGGAUUUAGUUUCUCUUACGAUGUACAAAUUUUGCACCAUAAAGGACGAAGAUACCAUCAAAAACUUUGUGAGGAAGAAUAAUGAUUCAGGCAUAAAAUGGAAGAAAAGUCACUUUGCUAAUUAA